AUGGUUUGGUCGGCUAUCGAGGCAAUGGUGCGACAGUUCUUUGUUAGUGUCGUCGUCUACGCCUUCAAACCACAGCUCAACCGUACUGCCCUCAGUGAUAGUGAGAAGGCUAUAGUUGCAGCAUUCGAGGAUGAAACUUUGUACAAAAAAUGGAUAGAGUUGCUGCUCAUUGAAAAGAAUGACUCAAAAGAAGUGAACGACAAUACUGUUUGGAUGGUCAAAUACCUUCUACGAAACUUCCCCGCCAGUGAAGUGAUCUACAAAAGAAUCACCACAACACUACAAGAGCUGUUGAAAAGUAGAAAGAGAGCUGAACAACGUCUAGCUGCGGAAAUAUUCACGGGCGUCGCGAAAGGCACAAAGUAUCUUGGCUUCAAAAAACUGGAUCAGCUUUGGCAAUGGUUGGCGCCGGCGAUAGACAAUCUUUACGAUCACAUGAACGCCGACGCCUACUCGGCUUGGCAGAGUGGUAUCACCGACGUGCUCAAUCGCGACGAUACUAGACGAUUUUGGUGGCUAGUUGAGCGCUUUCUUAGCAGUAUGACACGUCCUGCGCCUACUGCUUGGCAUCAGGGAAUCCGAUCCUACGUGCUUCUGGCCACUGACUGGCGUGAGACGGAAACUCGUCGUAGAAUAUGUGAAAUCGCAUGGAAGAAUCUUCCCAAAGCCUCAAUAGAAACACAACGAAUCGGAAUCUCGACGUCACUGAAGCAUGUUUGCACAGUAUUGGAAGCCAACAUGAACAAUGAUCUAAAGCAUAUGCCAGAAAGGUUUCAACUGGAAAGCGUCGAUGUAUGGCUGGCACGUUUCGAGAAAAAGCUGGGUAUGCUCGUAAGCCCUCCAAAGACGGCUUCUGAUACCUCGAUCAGGCAGCAAAAGAGCGCUUCAACGCAGUCAAGUGGAAAACAGGACGAUAUCAAGGCGAAAAGUACUACUCCUCCAAGUGCAGAGCAGCCUCUUAUAUACCUUCGAACUUUGCUGGAGUUUUUGCUACAGUACUACGAGGAUUGCAUCACGUCUCUUACACCGGGCAUAGUUUCUCUCUUUCCGAUGAUCAUUGAGUAUGCUAACGAAGAUGAAACAGAACAAAACGAGUCUUUCAAGGAUAUUGAUAUUAAGAACAACGCUAGUGUGUUGGUGCACGAGUAUAUGUCUAGUCUAUUAGUCACUGAAAAAUUUGCCGAUCCAUUCCUGGAUGUCGUUAUCAAGACGUUUCAUCGCACAAUUCUCUGGCGCGUACGGGUCUCGGUGUUGAAGUUUUUGCAAGUGAUAGCGUUCUCCAACAUCUAUGUGCUUGAAAUGAAUGAACGAACAAAGAAAGUGGUGCGGCUGCUUUUUGAAGCUCUCAUUGACGACCAGAUGGAGGUACGACUGGAGGCUGCCCGAUGUAUGAUGACAUUAAUUCAUGUUGACUAUAUUAAAGUGGACAAAUUCUUUGUGAGUAGAAUUCACGCAUGUUCGGAAAGAAAGGAGCGCUCAUCGCUGCAUGGGGCCGUUCUUGGAAUGGGUGCAGUGGUGAUGGCACAUCCUUACUCAACGCCACCAUUCGUCGUUCCUUUGCUGCAAUCGUUAUGCACUUUCACCAGCCAGAGUGCUGAAUUGCAAAGAGCGGCAACAAUGGCUCUUCGAGAGUUCCGACGCAGCCACCGUGAAGAAUGGGAGAAGACAACAAAAAUUAUCGGAUCUGACCUAGUGUACAAAAUCGAGAACGCAAUCGCACCAAUUUAUUAUGCUUAA